UCUCCUUCACCUUUCCAAACCCUUGAAGAAGUGCGACAGAGAACGAGUAAUAAGAGCCCUAAUUUCUCUCUCUGCAGUUAGGCCCUUCUCCGGUCUCAUCCCAAGCCAUGGCCACAGCUGCCAUCCCUCCUACCGCCCCUGGUGAUGCGGUGGAUGAUGACGGCUUCGUUGAAUACAUCCCAGUGAAGAAGCGCCGAGCUAUGGAGGCGCAGAUGAUCCUGCAGCGUAAAGGCCGCCUCUCAUUCUCUUCGACCGCCACCAGUGUCCCCUCUUCCUCCGACGACCCCACCUCCUCACUUCCUCCGCCGGAAUCUAAGCCGAGCCUUCUCGUCAAGGCUUCCCAACUCAAGCGCGAUCUCCCGGAGAUCAGCCCUGCCGAGCAACUCGUCCAGCAAGAGAAAGAGAUGAUCGAGCACCUCUCAGAUAGGAAAACCCUAAUGUCCGUUCGCGAGCUCGCCAAAGGUAUCACCUACACGGAUCCGAUUCCCACCGGCUGGAAACCCCCCACCGCCAUCCGCCGAAUGUCUAACCGCCAAGCCGACGCCAUCCGCCGCCAAUGGCACAUCCUCGUUGAGGGAGAUGAUGUCCCGCCUCCCAUCAAGAACUUCAAGGAUAUGAGGUUUCCUGAGCCUAUUUUGAAGAAGCUAAAAGAGAAGGGGAUCGUUCAGCCAACCCCUAUCCAAGUGCAGGGCCUGCCUCUGAUUCUCUCUGGCAGGGAUAUGAUCGGGAUUGCAUUCACUGGAUCAGGGAAGACUCUGGUGUUUGUGCUUCCCUUGAUCAUGUUGGCACUCCAGGAAGAGAUGACGAUGCCCAUUGUGCCUGGGGAAGGUCCAUUUGGGCUUGUUGUGUGCCCGUCCAGGGAACUUGCAAGGCAGACUUUUGAGGUGGUGGAGCAGUUUCUUGUUCCCCUCAGGGAGGUUGGAUACCCAGAUAUUAGGCCAUUGUUAUGCAUCGGAGGAGUUGACAUGAGGUCGCAGCUCGAGGUUGUUAAGAAAGGGGUUCAUAUCGUUGUUGCAACACCUGGGAGGCUUAAGGAUUUGCUGGCGAAGAAGAAGAUGAAUCUGGACAACUGCAGGUAUUUGACAUUGGAUGAGGCGGAUAGACUGGUUGAUUUGGGCUUUGAGGACGACAUACGGGAGGUUUUCGACCAUUUCAAAGACCAGAGGCAGACCCUUCUCUUCUCCGCCACCAUGCCAAAAAAGAUUCAGAACUUUGCGAGGAGCGCCUUGGUAAAACCCGUCACCGUCAAUGUUGGAAGAGCCGGAGCGGCAAAUCUCGACGUGAUACAGGAAGUUGAGUACGUCAAGCAGGAGGCGAAGAUCGUCUACCUCCUUGAAUGCCUCCAGAAGACUCCGCCCCCCGUCCUCGUCUUUUGCGAAAACAAGGCCGACGUGGACGACAUCCACGAAUAUCUUCUCCUCAAGGGAGUUGAAGCGGUCGCCAUUCACGGCGGAAAAGAUCAGGAGGAAAGAGAGUACGCAAUAGCUUCUUUCAAAUCAGCGAAGAAGGACGUGUUGGUCGCCACCGAUGUUGCGUCCAAGGGUCUUGAUUUUCCCGACAUCCAGCACGUGAUCAACUACGACAUGCCGGCCGAGAUUGAGAACUAUGUUCACCGGAUCGGGCGAACGGGGAGGUGCGGUAAAACCGGCAUCGCGACGACUUUCAUAAACAAGAACCAGAGCGAAACCACGCUCCUCGAUCUAAAGCAUUUGUUGCAAGAAGCCAAGCAGAGGAUCCCGCCGGUUUUAGCAGAGCUGAACGAUCCGAUGGAGUACAGUGAAGCUCUGGCUGAUGCGAGCGGGGUGAAAGGUUGCGCUUAUUGUGGCGGGUUGGGUCAUCGGAUUCGUGAUUGCCCUAAGCUGGAGCAUCAGAAGACCAUGGCCAUUGCUGGUUCGAGAAGGGAUUAUUUUGGUUCAGGUGGCUAUCGUGGUGAAAUAUGAUCCUUUUCAUUUACAACUUCUGCUACAAUUUCAGCUCUUGCUAUGACAUGUUCCAAGUAAGAUGUUCUCAAUCCUUCAAAUCUUUUUCUGAUUGCAUAAAAGUGUGGGUUUUUUUUGUAAAUUUUUAUUUACUUUAAAGGACAUGUAAAAUAUGGGAGAACAUUAUAAUGCUUUUUCGAAUAGCUGUAAUUCUAGUCUUAUAUUUGAUGUACCUCGCUGUAAACAGCUAAC